AUGACACUAGAUAAGGACCAACUAAUAAAGGUUUAUACUAGUAGACUAGUGAAUUCAUUGGUUCCGGUGGAAUUCGGACAUGAAUACAUACAAAGUAUAACCAAUGAUCUAUUAAACCACCUAUUGAAAUCACCCAAAUCAUCAUCACCCUAUAUAGAUAUAAAUCAACUAACAGACCAUUUCAAGACAUUAUUUUUAAGUAACGGAUUACAAGAGCUGUGGAUCAAAUUUCAGUCAGUUCUUAAAAUGCUUUCUCAGACGAAAUCGGUUGAUCAAAUAUGCAAUUAUUUAAUUUUUUUAAACGCUUUGCAGAGCACAGAGGAAUCGAGGCUGGUACCAAAUAUAAGAAUAACAAGCGUUGGCAAUAAUUCUAGGGGGUAUCAUGAUAUAGAGGAACAAAGAACUCAUCAUGAUUUACAAUCAUCCCCAUAUCAUGUUUCUAGUCACAGCUCUAAAGUUGGGAGUAAAAAUAUCAUAAACACCGUGCCGUUAAGCAGAGUAAUAUCGCCAUACUACGAGACCUUGUCCGAGGAUACUAUAUUGAUAUAUUUGUCUUAUUCGCUAUUGGGUUUGGAUUCUAAAUUAUUAUCAUUCCUGAGAGACGGCAAUUCGAUUGAAUUACCCCCCAAUAUUAAUAGUAGCUACUCUGGACUUCUCCAUAGCAUACUAGAACCUGGGUUAGUCUAUAAAAAACUCAAGUUAUUCGUGGAUUCCAACAAAGGAAAGAUAGUCUCGCCUAUAAAAACUGCAUUUUUGAGAUCAUUGGAAUCGGAAUUAAAUUAUUACGUGAACCAUAUUAAUGAAUACUUUAAUACUGAACCGACUUCAUUAAUAGCCGUGUAUAAUGCGCUAUUUCCCUUCAUAUUGAAAUUGAGACUUUUGUAUUCCCUAACUAACGAAUUGAAUUUAAGUGGAUAUGAAUUUCUAUCCAAGGUAUACCAUUUAUCAAAGUUUGGUGACAUAAGAAUAAAGGACUUAACACACAAUAUUUUCUCGCAAAUAUCAGCUCCAUACUACGAGGUUCUUGAACAUUGGGUUAUAAAAGGUGAAUUGAUAGAUAAUAGUGAUGAGUUUUUCAUAGCCUUCAAUACGGAAGCACAACAUAUUAAUGAUAUUAUUGAAUAUUUACCCCAAAGGAUACCGGAUUUUUUCGUAUCAAUGAAUGAAACUAUGGCCUAUAAGAUAUAUCAAAUUGGAAAAAUGUUGAUUUUUCUACUUAAAUAUUGUAAAGAAUUGAAAUGGAUUAGUGAUUACAGUAUGAAAUAUUCGACGUAUAUCUUUCAAAACAAUCAAGGUAUACAAUCAAUGCCAUCAAAUGUCAUAAUAGAUUUAAUUAACCUUCAAUAUGAAGAGAUUCUUAACUACUUUACAAUAGUUUUGCAAGAGAAACACAGCAUGUUUCAUCAUUUACAAAAUUUUAAGAGGUUUUUAUUGAUGAAUUCAAAUGAUUUUAUUGAAUCAAUAAUAGAAAAAGGAAUAGUUUUAUUCAAUGAACCAGCAAAUAGCUUAACGUCAAAUCAGUUAGCUAAAGUAUUAAUUGAGUCUAUUAACAACUCUUCCGUGAAGAACUAUAGAUCAGAUUAUAAAAAUAGGUUGGAUGCUAGAAUUUUGGACCUAAGUCACGGAAAUAUAGGAUGGGAAGUGUUUACGUUAGAAUACAAAAUCUCUGACUCACCAAUUUAUCACAUUUUGAAUUAUAAUAAUGGCACGCUAGAGUAUCUAAAAAUGUUCAAUUUUCUUUGGAAAUUACGGCACUUCAGUUAUUUGUUGAAUUUAAACUUCAUUGAAUGUAGUAAUGUUAAGAAAAAUGAUUUGAGAAGGAUACUGAGUAGGUAUAUUAAAUUGAAAAGACAGUUAAAGUCCAAAUCAAGUUUACGGUUAGGUAUCAGAGACAAUAAGAUUAUCUGGUUAAUGAAGUCUUUCAACACAAUAUGCCUCAUAAGACACCAGCUAAUAAAAUUCAUAUCAGCAUUAGUAACGUAUUUAUCAUUUGAUAUUAUUGAAAAUAAUUUUGAUCAAUUAAUAAUCAGACAGCUUUUCAAGUCAAGUUCUCCUGUUUUACAUUCGACGUCGUCUAAAAACAUAGGAAUAUUACCCAUAUUAAAUGAAAAUUUCACCAAAGCUUUAAAGAAAGAUGAAAGCAAUUUUUCGGGACCUUUAAAAUCGAAGUUGAUAACGCAUAACAUGAACGAAUUAACAUUUGAUGAAUUGAUUAACAUACAUUCGACGUAUUUGCAGAAUGUAACCCAUUUCAAGAUUCUUAAUGAUACAGAAAUAGGAAAACACUCUGGGACGAGUUAUAUCAAGCAAAUAUACCAAUUCUUGGAGAUAUGCUUCGCGUUUAUAAAGAGCUCGGAAGAAUACAACAGUCUCAUAGUAAAUUAUAUUUCCAUUUUGAAUGUUGAAGAAAAUUUACGUUCUGAAGAUAUGAAUCAGUUUGAUGACGAUCUAGAAGAGUUAGAAAACAAAAUAAAACUCAUUGUUAAUAAAAUCUACAAGGAUUUGUACAUGUCCAAUUAUAAGAGUAUGCUAUACAUUUUUAUAAAAGAUCUAAGGUCCGACACAGAGCUUAAGGACCUAAGUCGCUUUUUCUAA